AUAAUGUGGUGCGACUGGGACAUUGAGCCCAAUCUAUAUACCGCAACAAUCGCUAUUCACUGGAAACCGGGAGUGUUAGCACAUUCCACAGCAUCAGCUGGGUCCAUCUUCCAAAAAUGACGAACAUUGUCUGACUAAAACGAUCAUCUCGCCAUUUCCCCCCAAUCCAGUAUGAAAGAUUCUUAUAUUCCCUCCAAUCUGAAAUAAAGUCCCCUGAUUCACACUCUUUCUCUCUCCUCCCUGCAGCAGUGACGCUUCUCCAUUGAAUUUGUAGAAAAUUCUGCAAAAAUUGAAGAAAAUCAAAAGCCAAAAUGUCGGCGAUUUGUAAUCGCAGUAGAGUGUCGUCGUGUUUGAUCAAACGAUUGAAGUAUCAUAUUGCGAUGGUUUCGAAUCGCAGAUCGUUUACUACUUCUGAAGGUCAUCGUCCUGCUAUAGUCAACAAGCGUAGUCUGGACAUUCUUCAUGAUCCUUUGUAUAACAAGGGGACUGCAUUUUCCAUGACGGAACGCAACAGGCUCGAUCUCCGUGGACUUCUUCCACCAAAUGUUAUGACUACUGAGCAGCAAAUUGAUCGAUUUAUGGCGGACCUAAGGAGACUUGAAACACAAGCGAAGGAUGGACCAUCUGAUCCCAAUGCUUUAGCUAAAUGGAGAAUACUCAACCGACUACAUGACAGAAAUGAGACUAUGUACUAUAAAGUUUUAAUUGCAAAUAUCACAGAAUAUGCUCCUAUCGUGUACACUCCUACAGUUGGCCUUGUCUGCCAGAAUUACAGAGGGUUAUAUAGAAGGCCACGAGGAAUGUAUUUUAGCUCUGCUGAUCGUGGAGAAAUGAUGUCAAUGGUAUACAACUGGCCUGCGGAACAGGUCGAUAUGAUAGUUGUUACUGAUGGUAGUAGAAUUUUGGGACUUGGAGAUCUAGGAAUUCAGGGCAUUGGAAUAGCAAUUGGGAAGUUAGAUCUAUAUGUUGCUGCUGCAGGGAUAAACCCACAAAGAGUAUUACCAGUGAUGAUUGAUGUGGGAACCAAUAACGAGAAGCUUCUUAAGGACUCUCAGUAUCUGGGAGUGCAAGAACACCGUCUUGAGGGGGAGGAGUACCUUGCAGUCAUUGAUGAAUUCAUGGAGGCUGUUUAUACGCGUUGGCCGCAUGUCAUUGUGCAGUUUGAAGAUUUCCAGACUAAAUGGGCUUUCAAGUUGUUACAGCGUUACAGGCAUAAUUACAGAAUGUUUAAUGAUGAUGUACAGGGGACAGCAGGUGUUGCAAUUGCUGGGCUUCUGGGAGCUGUAAGGGCUCAAGGAAGGCCAAUGGUUGACUUUCCUAAGCAAAAAAUUGUUGUUGCUGGGGCUGGAAGUGCAGGUGUAGGGGUUCUUAAUGCUGCCAGGAAAACAAUGGCAAGGAUGUUGGGGAAUAACGAGGCUGCUUUUGAAAGUGCAAGGAGUCAAUUCUGGGUGGUUGAUGCAAAGGGACUGGUCACGGAGGAGCGUGAAGAUAUAGACCCAGAAGUCCGCCCAUUUGCGUGGAAGGCAAAUGAAAUUAGCCGCCAAGGGUUAAAGGAAGGGGCAAGCCUGGUUGAAGUGGUCCGGCAAGUAAAGCCUGAUGUACUUCUUGGAUUGUCUGCGGUUGGGGGUUUGUUCUCAAAAGAGGUCUUGGAAGCACUUAAGGGCUCAACAUCAACGAGGCCUGCAAUCUUUGCAAUGUCAAAUCCUACAAAAAAUGCUGAAUGCACCCCUGAGGAAGCGUACUCUAUAGUAGGUGACCACAUAAUAUAUGCAAGUGGAAGCCCAUUCAAAAAUGUGGAUCUUGGAAAUGGCAGGAUUGGGCACGUUAACCAGGGAAAUAACAUGUACCUUUUUCCUGGGAUUGGACUAGGUACCCUUCUCUCGGGCUCUGAGAUUGUCUCAGAUGGCAUGUUACAGGCUGCUGCUGAGCGCUUAGCUGGAUAUAUGACCGAAGAGGAGGUGCUCAAUGGUGUUAUCUAUCCUUCCACGUCAAGAAUACGUGACAUCACUAAAGAGGUAGCCGCAGCCGUAGUGAAAGAAGCUAUACAAGAGGACCUUGCAGAAGGCUACCGUGGCAUGGAUGUUAGGGAACUUCAGAAACUAAAUGAGGAGGAAAUUCUGGAGUAUGUAGAGAACAACAUGUGGUACCCAGAAUACCCUACGUUAGUGUACAAGUAGCACUGAAACCAUAAUUUAAGUGCAAAGGAGAAAAUGCUUAUUGUAUUAGACACUGGAGAAGCAGGCGCUGCAAGCCUGGCUUUCGAGUUUCGACACAGUUGUCAUCUUCUCCGAUUUGUAUAAUUGUAUUGCUUGUUUGAAAGGAGCGACUGUCUUUGGACUGUGGUCUCUUAUAUUCUGAUGUAGUAGUGAUUUCAUGCCAUUCUUGCUUCUCCAUUCCAUUUCAAGUCCGUUUUUGGGAACAUGGCUUUGAACUGUAGAGGACGCCAAAGUCGCCAAUGGUGGCAUAUUAAUUGUAUGUAAAAUGUUGGUUAUCAUAAGAGCUACCACAUAUUACUUUA